AUGGGCGACGACGCGGGGGAGCCGCUGGGGAGCACGUCGGUCUUUCCGCCGCCCCCGAGCGUGUACCAGCGCUUUACAGAGGAGAACUGCUUGUGGCUCGAUGUCUUGAGGGGCGAGCUAAGGAAGGAGGGCAAGGAGGGCGUGUACCAUGGCCUGGGCGACGAAGAGCGCAAAGAGCUGCAGGACACGCUCUUGAAGCAGGUCGUCGCUCGCGAAGGCAGCGACGGACUCGAGCUGCCGACUGAUGACCUGCAUGAGCUUCUCCCGCCGAACGUACACUGGAUCGAGGAGGACGGGGGCUACCAGCUGUUUGGGCAGCGCUGGCCGAUACCCGAGGUCACGCCGUCGCUCCAGGACCUCGGCAUUACGCGUCUAUUUCCAGAGGAGCCAUUCGACCGCGCCAAGGCGCUCCAGACGCUGCUACGGACGCUGCUGCACACCUACUUCAUGCUCACCUCGGACCUCCUCCGCCCGAUCCAGCCGUACGACGUGCUGGAGAGUGGAGGACCGAGUGGAGGGCAGGCGGGGCAGGAAGGUGCGGGGCAAGCGGAGCGAGCGCAGGGCGGCGAAGGCGGCGAAGGCGCGCCAGCGCAGGACGGCGAACAGGACGGCGCGCAGGACGGCGCGCAGGACGGUGCGCCUACCGGCCCUACAUGGACCACGUCCACACGCAUCAAGGACCGUCUCAAGCACCUCGAGGUCGCCGUGAUUAACUUCCAAUUCCUCGUGAACCAGCUGCGGCCUGUCCAAGCGCGCGCCUCGCUCGAGGCCCUGCUCAUGAUGCAGGUGGCACGCCGCGAGCGGCAGACCAAGCUGCUGCGUGAGAAGAGUGCGGCGAUCCGACUCGAGAUUGCCAAGCUCCAACUAUAG